UUGACUGAGUGCGUUUCGCUCAUUCAGACCUCAGUAGGGCUCUUUACUGUGGAAGUAGUGUGGAAGUGCAGAACUGAACUUCCCUACUGUCUCCGUGCGAAGAGGCUCAUAUACUUUAUUCAACACAGUUGCGUUUUUAUUUCCAAACGAUAUUUUUCCUCCAUAUUGGACCUUAAAGCGUGUCCUAAAAUUAGAGUAACCUCAAAUCGAGAAUGUUUUUUUGAAAAUUGUUCCAAUUAACAUUUUGGGCGAAAUGAUUAAUUAAAUUAGCAUUAGCCGAUGCUAUCUUUGCUAGCUCACUGAAGCUCUGGCUGAAGCUUACAGUGAGUGCUAAUAGUUAGCCUGCUAGCUAAUCCUAUAGACUUAAUGUUGUUCGCGUCAGUUAGUGGAACUUAGCUGGGUUGCUAUUGCUAACUUCAUUCGGCUAAAGCUAUUUCUAUAGACGGCGCUGCAGUUUCAAGACUUCGCGAUUCGUUGUUUUACUGCUUGCGCUCAUUCCUGAGGGGAUUUGUGCAAUUUAUUAAGUUGAUAUUCACACUUCGUUUUUGACACCGAGGCCGCGAAUUAGCCUUCAUCUCAGUAUCUACUUAGCUUAGCCUGUUAGCUUGCUAAGCUAGUCGUGUGUGAGAGAGAGAGACGGAGAGAGAGAGAGAGAGAGACGUAGCCAAAGUUCGGCGCAGUGCAUCAAGAUGCCCGCGAUGUUAGAAAAGGGUACGACGGAGAUGUCGGGGAAGAGAAGGGGCAGAAACUCGGUGAAUAAUCCGACGAAAAGUUUUACUUCGAACGGCAACAGUAACAAUUCUUGGGAGGAAGGAAGUUCGCCUUCCUCUAGUGAUGACGAGCACGGUGCAGGAGGGAUGCGAGUCGGCCCACAGUUUCAGGCUGUAGUUCCAGAUUACGACCCCGAAGUGGCCAAGGCAAGCCAGGAAAGAGAGAAUCUGGGGAUGUUGGUGUGGAUUCCUAACCAGACUCUGUCUGAGUCUAAAUUGGAUGAGUAUAUUGCAAUAGCUAAAGAGAAGCAUGGGUACAACAUGGAACAGGCAUUGGGAAUGCUUUUCUGGCACAAACACAACAUAGAGAAGUCUUUAGCCGACCUGCCCAACUUCACCCCUUUCCCUGACGAAUGGACAGUAGAGGACAAAGUGCUGUUUGAACAAGGUUUCAGCUUUCACGGCAAAACUUUCCACCGCAUUCAACAAAUGCUUCCAGACAAAUCCAUCGCAAGCCUUGUGCGAUUCUAUUAUUCCUGGAAGAAAACACGCAGCAAGACCAGUGUCAUGGACCGCCAUGCACGCAAACAGAAGAGGGAUCGAGAGGAGAGUGAUGACGAGGCUGAAGAGACGACUCUCAACUCUCUAGGUGACACAGAACUUGAAUCAAAGAAAGAGGAAAAAAAAGAGGGUUCAUCUGGACCUGAGAAACAGGAUCCCAAACCUGCACUUGUCCAGAAGACAGCGCCUCUCUCCGACAAGCCAGCUCACAUUAAAAAGGAAGCACCAGGACCAAGGAACCACCACCGAUCCAAGAGAAAGCCUCCCAAAGGCAUGCACCUGAACCAGAGUGAUGUGACCGCCAUGUCGAGCAGCGGCCCAGCCGCCGCCAGCGUCCUCAGGCAGCUGGACAUGGAGCUCAUCGGCAUUAAACGACAGAUCCAGAGCAUCAAACAGAUCAACAGCGCCUUAAGAGAUGCACUCGAAACAGGGGUAGAGGAUUUUCGACCUGCUGAGGUGAAUCAGAAAUUUAACACACGCUGGACUACAGAGGAGCAGCUUCUUGCUGUACAAGCUAUAAGGAAAUACGGAAGGGAUUUUCAGGCCAUUUCCGAUGUCAUCGGCAACAAGUCUGUGGUGCAGGUGAAGAACUUCUUCGUAAACUACCGUCGCCGCUUCAAUCUGGAUGAGGUGUUGCAGGAGUGGGAGGCGGAGCACGGCGUGGAAGCCUCCAAGAGCUCGGAGGAAGAGAAAAUGGAGGUGUCAUCUGAGGAAGGAACCACCACACCUGUACCACCAGAGGACCAGAAGGAGGAACCGAUGCCCACAGAAGCACAGACCCCCUCGGCCUCCUGAGUGACAACAUCUGAGGGAUCAGAUGCUCCUGAUCCUACUGCAGUCUCCAAUCCAGUUGAAGGAAUGUCGUGCUGAAGAGGCACCGACUCGUACCCACCAUUCCCACCAGUCUCCUUUGCUGCUGUUCCUUUGACUCAGUUGAAAUCUAUGAUUCUUAUAUGUCCUGCAAUUUGGAAUCUCACCUGGCCCAACCCAGGAAUAAGGAUAGUCUUUACUUUUGUAUCGUCACUGCCAGCAGGAAAUAGUCUGUCAGGUCGAUGUUGUGCCUGGUGCUUCAAGCACUGUAUUUACUGAACCUUCAGAAACACCGUGGACGCUGGAUGGGUUUGUGAGCUUAUCAACAGACAAGGCUUGGUUCAAUAAACAUUGUUUCGGUCUCCCUCACAACCUGCUAGUUACUUCAGCGUAGCAUCCAGCUCUUGCAUACAUUUUGCUCCUUAUCAAUUUGUACAGUGAUCAUAUUUAGUAUGUUUGAUUUUAGAUGAGUUGUCAACGUCGCUAUCAUGACUUGAGCUAAAGGUCUAUUUAUUUGCUUAAUAAGUCGUUUCGAAGGAAAAAUAGGCUUUCCGAUUAUGAAAGAGCCUGAAUCUGAAAGUCAUAUGAACAGUUUUGGUUGUAUUUAAAAUUCAGCCUAUGAUUCUGUUCAAUGGCAGGAGAGCCAGCCGUGGUGCUGCAAGUAACCAGGGUUAUUAGCUGCCUUUAAAAUAUUAAAAAAGUUAGUAGUGCUAUUUUUAUUUAUUCAGCCACGUAAGGCUUGUUUAGCAUAUAAUUAAGUUACUUCUGGUGAACCAAACAAAUGCAGAGAAGUACAAAAAUGAACUGCUUUUUUUUUUUUUCCUUCUUCCUAAUCCUGGCUGAUUCGCAGUAAUCUUCUUGGUCUCGUUGCAGCGAGAACACAAACACACACCGUGUUCAGCUUUGUUUUAAAUCAUUUAAGGACAGUUGGGAUGGAUAAAGCUGUUCACCAGAAAUGAACUAUUGAAUUAUGGCUAAAUGGAUUAUGCAGGUGUCAAAAAUAUUGAACUUCCACUUUAAGAUAUUUAAUACGUCGAAUAAGAAAUGCUGCAUUUUUACAAUUUGUUUUGGUAUUUUAAAUAUAGUGACUCAGUAUAUCAGGUUCUUCAUUAGAAUUCAAGUAAGUUGCUUAUGUCAUUCAUUGAAAAAGAGACACAAUAAUGGACAAUUAUUAGUUGCUAAGGAUUAUAUGUGAAUAUUACAAAAUAAAUGUCUUUAAAAGCGAGGGCUGGUGACUAAAUACAGGCUGCCUGUAAUAGUACUCUGGAUUUGGAUUUUUUUAUUCUAUACAUAUAUAUAUUUUUAAAUAUUAUUUUGGUAUAUGCUUUUCUCUUGGGUUUUUAAAUGACAUGUACUAGUCUGUCUUGUAUGCAUGGGCAAUUAUUUGGUAAGCUUGGUCCAAUUUUGGAGGUGUAUUCCUGAGUAAAAAAAGAAGCGGAAGUGUGGAUGCAAGUUGUGUCAGGUGUUAAAAGCACUACAGAUGUAAUAGAGGCAGACUGCUGAAUUAGAGACAAAAUGGUCAAGUCUGUCCUGAGGUUAUUUUCUUUUUUCUCCAUUCAUGUGCAUUUUUCUUACUGUGCCAGAACCACAAAUGGGAAAACCAAUUUAGAUUUUGUUUGUGUGUGUGUCUGUGAGCGUGUAUGAGUGUGUACAUGCUUCAUUGUGUGUGUUUUGACAAUGCAUAUUUUGCCCACAUAUAUCUGGUUUGUCACAUUAGCCGCCGAAUAAACCAAUAGGAUUUAACCAAGUAA